CUCCCAAGGCUGCACACGACCCUCACAGAUUUCAAUUUGACGCUUUGCCAAUUUUACAUUAUCAGAAGUCAUAGCAGCUCAACAUAUUCCUGCUUUAAAUCGAAUGCCAAGUCCAAGAGCAACACAAAACCCCUGUUCUUUGCUCGCAACGGAAUCCGCCCAAAAGAAUCCAACAUCAUACUCCUCCACCCUGGGAACCAACACGUGCAGUCACCAUCGGCACAUCGAAAUUCCCCCUCGACAAGGCUCAGAAAAAGAUGGUGUUGCCUUUGCUGUCCCGCCACCUGCCCGCACCUCCGAAGUCUCACACUUGCCCUCGAAUCCCGGCCCGGCCUCAGGGGGGCGACCCUUGGCAUGCGGCUACAUUGACGCCAGUCGCAAUGCCAGACCAAAUCUCAAGCGCCGUAAUGCCAUGCGGGCACUUCUCUGUGGCAGCUUUCUGUUCAGCUUUGGCCAACUCAUCAGCUCUGCCGAGAUCAUAGCCAGUCACUUUAGCAAUGAUGGCAUCUUCGAGACUUAGCUGUUGUCUCUCCUGGUCGCUUGUCAGAGUCGAAAAAUUCGGAUCCCAUGGAACGUCGAGGGGCUGUGAAUCCAAGUCCGAGGCAAAGCGCUCUCGCAGUGCAAUCACCUGCGCAUGAUACCAGUCCCGCUCUGCCUCUAGGUACCGGAUGCCGGACAUCUUGUCGGCUACCCAUCCUCUGAUGCAGCUCAGAUCGAGCUCGAGAAGCUGGACUUUGGAGUCGUAUUGACACAGUCGCCGGUACAAGGCCUCUCUUUCGUGGGUAUGGCGGUCUAGCUCCUGUCUCAUCAUUUUCUCGAUGACCACCGCAGUGUCGCCGUACUUUUUAUGGAGGCACUGUUGCUUCCAGCUAUCGGCCGUACCCGUCAAGCUGGCGACCUGAUCCUGCAACUCCUUGAUCACAUCCUGCAAGGCAUGGAGAUUGGCGUUUUCCGCAUCCAUGCGGAUGUUCUCCUCCUGCACCUCCUCCAUGCCCUUGUUCAGGACUUUCGACUCCCUGGCAUGCUGUUGUUCGAUAUCGAGUAUCUGGGCCUCGAGGCCGUGAUUUCGUCUUGAGAGAGACUCCAGCUCCUGCCUCACAUUCUCUUCAUGCACCUUGGAGCUCUCCAGAAGCUCCAUGAGACCAGGGUCUGUUUCAAGGAGUGCCAGGUCCCUGGCGAUUCCAGGGAUUGUCUCCUUCCAAUUUUCGAUCUUUUCUUGCCAUUUCUCAAGACUCGUGAAGAGCCUUGCUCUAUUCUUCCUCUCCAAGAUCACCCUUGUACUGAGGUCCACUGACUCUGCCUCUUUCUGCUGCAGCUGUUCAUUCAAGUCGCGGUAGGCCUCAGUGAGGUCUGCACAUCUCUGCUGCGACAUCUCGAAUGCUUGCUGGAGGUCCCGCAGUUCAUUGGGCUCAAUGAUCAGGGGGUUCGUAAUAGCCGGAGUAGGAUCCUUGACAUAUUCGACUGUUAUGUCUCUGGUCAAGGCCUCAACUCGGCUUCUCAACUCAUUGACUUUGCCUUCAGCUUGGUCUUUCAGCUGAACAAGGUGGUUGUUCUGCUGCUCCAGGCCAGAGAUCGCAUCAUCAGCCUGCUCAAUUCUUUCCUCCAAGACAACAAAACGCUGCUGCAAAUACGCCCCUGUCUGCUCCAUCUGUUGCACUGUCUCUUCCAAAUUGGCACGAGCUUCGCUAGCAGCCAACGCAAUCGCUUGGUAUUGUUGCGCUUGGUUGGCGUAAUGUUGCACAUGCGCAAGCGCUUGGCCUCGCUCGAAGAUGAGCUGUUGAUCACCGAGGACCAAGGGGGUGCGCUGAAGAUGCUGGACUUCUUGCAAGGCAGCAUUUGCUGUUGCCUUCUCCUGGGCAAUCUCUCUGUCCUUAAGGACCAGCUGCUGCUUCAGAGUUUGGAUCGUUGCGUCAGAGUUGUCUUGAUCGACCUCGAACCGUUUGCGCUCAUCCUGGACCGCUUUCAACACUUUUUGGAGCGUUUCGACUUCCUCUUCCCGUUCAAGUACUUGGAGUCGAAGAUCUUGAGUCACCGAUUGCUGAUGCUGAAGACUGUCGGUCAGCUGCUGAAUCUCCUCUUGUCCUUUGGCCUCGAUAUAUGGGGCUCGAAAGUGUGCAGCCGCGACAUGUACGCUCUCAGAUGUGGCGGCUGUCGACGCCGAUGGUAUUCUGGAAGAGUUGGUGGUACGCCCAGCGUCAUGAGAAGACGACGAUGUAUCAUCAUCAUCAUCACUUUCAUUCUGUGCAUUCGUUUCACCGUCGUCUGCCUCUUGAUGUUCCGGAACAACUUCUUGAAGCUCGAUUUCUGCUUCACCCGUCUCUUGCAGGCCAUUGUCUUGAACGAAAUUUGGAAGUCUAACACCUUCGUCCGAUUCAGACUCUUCAUCCUCUUCAGAGAGUUCUUCAGGUUCGGCCAAGCCACCUGAAGUCGCAGGGACUUGCCGGUAGUCCAAUGGAAGUCGAUCAAAGUACAGGUCUAUGAUCGAAACUAGAUCCGAGUCAUCAGAUACCCCGGCUGUUUCAUCGUUCAUCAACAAUUGAGGGAGUACAGCCGAGCCGACGACAGUGGCAGCAUUGUCGGUGACAUGUUCCUCAAGUUGCUCGACAAUUGGUUGAGGUUGGACAGGCAUUGAAGCCGAGUUACUGGUCAACACCAACCUUAUGCAAGGCCUGGCAACAAGUUCUUGCACCAUAUGCUCGAUGAUUGGGUUCGGCAAGACAUGAUCCGGAUCCAUGAUCCGGGCCAUAGUCAAGUUGUCCAAAGACAGGCGAGGGCUCCUCGGCACAUCUACCAGGGUCAGGCACUGCUCUUCGCUGGCUUCUGGACCAUGUCAGCUGGUGUCUGCAUGCUAUGCUGGUAUUCGACUUACCUGUUGUGGUGUUGGUCCCUACCACUUGGACAUCAUAAGGUUGUCGAGGUGUCUCGGCCUGUGUGACUGCCACAGACCCUUCACUGUGCUUUGCGAACUGAGCAUGCGCAACGCGUCGGAGGAUGUCUUCUGCAGAGGCCUUGCUCUUGCCCUGCUUCAUGAUGUGGGUAAAGAACACUCCAGGUCUUACGCCCCUGGUUGAUCUUGUUGCACCUGUGCGAGGUGGAACGAUCUGCGCGCGGGCGACGUCGCCUAGGCGCGGUCCCUGAAUCGUCGGGAUGCCAUGACCGAGGCGCAACCUUGAAGGUAAGUUGCUGUCCUCGUCCCUUGUCAUACCACUCCUGGUUGCGGCAACAGCAAUGGCGACUUUCAGCUGCAUGAUUGUCAGUCCUGGUCAUCAACAAGCAUGUUGAUGUCUUACAGGUGUUGAGGACUUGCCCAUCUUGUUGAAGCUGGUUUUGAAGCCCAUGUUGUUAUGUCAAGGUGUGUUUCUUGUGUAAGUUGGGAGGUAUUCAAAAGUGGUUGCUUUCGACUUUCUUCUCGCCGCUGUCGUAAGGUAUCGAAGGGGAAGAUGUUGAUGAUGCUUUUGAAUUCAGUCAAAGACUCUUGAUGAUGAUAUGGAAGAUCUUGCUGAAUGUCUUGAGGGUGGUGGAUGGAAGAAAGCAAAGCAAGAACACGCAUUUGCGAGCGAGAAGAUAAACAUGUUGUGGUAUCUUCACACGAGCACUGCGUCGUAUUCGGAGUCACAGCCUUGUCGUCCAGCAACACUUUCACGAACGGGGCAGUGAAAGCUGUAAUGCAGCGCAGCGUGGUUGCCUGGGUAUGCCUUCACGGUCGCGCGAAAGUCGAGGGCGUGAAUAUCAGCCUCAACUCUCCUCGCAUGAAGUGGUACAGCAUGUGCAGAGAGGUCAUCGAGAGCACUGCGCCGCGAAGGCUCGCAUGAUGAACUGCGGGAGCUUCAUGUUGCCCAGCCUUGUGUCGAUGAGGAAAUACCAUCAAGAAGAUGGCAAUUUCCCCAGAGAUAUAUCUCUCUCUCUUCGGACGAAUAUGUUACGCAAGACUCGCCACCGCAUCUCAAGAUAGGGGGAAGGGGGAAGGCACGAGGAAGUUGAACUUGGCCGCCCAGAAUCGCACGUGAAGCCGGAGGAGAACGGCGGAGCCCGAUUUCGCAUUCAGGUCAUGGCCUCCUAGAUUCGUGGGAUUUGGGCAAGAGGCUUCUGCCCUUCCUGCAGGGAAAAGGUUUUGACAGGAUGUAGCAUCGCAAGCAAAGGAAGAUGAAGCGUGAUCCGAUGUUUCUUUCAGCCUAUCUUUGUCCCGAUACUCUUUGUUUCCAG